AUGUCGACUGAUGUUAUUCAUGAUAAACUUGACUGGAUGAAUCAAAAGGAUCGUAAACAUAUACAAAUUACAUAUUCGGUUGGUCUCAAGGUUGAAUUUCUUGAUGUUCAAAUUGAGAAUUAUCAUGGAUUAUUGAAAACAUCAGUCUAUCGAAAACCAGCUGCUGAACCGUACAUAUUACCAUAUUCAUCUGAUCAUCGUCGUCAUAUACAUAUGAAUAUACCGUAUGAAGCAUUAUUACAAGCUGCUCGGUUAUGUUCAGAGGUGUACGCAUUCGAUAAGGAACGAUUGGACAUUGAAAUUAAGCUUUUAUUAAAUGGUUAUCCACCACAAUUUCUUAAAUAUCAUUUUAAACGAUUUUUUCGCUUAAAUCAAGUAUUAGAAGUAUGCACUGAAUUAGAUGUACACAAAUAUCAAAUGUUGCAUCAAAAGUUAUUACAUUUACCGACACGACGUGAAAAGAAAUAUCAACGGCAAACAACAGACGGGAAUGAUAUAUUAGUAGAUAAACAAUGGAACAGAAAGAUUCUAAUGUUAUCACAUACAUAUGAAAGUGGUCCAUCAACGAAUUUUAGACGAGAAUUUCGAAAGUUAUGGACAAAAUAUUAUGUCUACAAAGAGUCAGUUGUCAAAAAUGCGCGUACAAUGAUAACAGCACUGAAUAAUCCAUCAUUGAACGAUUUGCUUGUUCGUAAGAAGCCACCUGCAUCGUUAUUAACUAAAAUGGAACCAUUGUUGUCUUCGCCACCAUCCAAGAUCGUAUUAAAACAAGAAACUGAACAUAAAAAAUAG